AUGGUUCAAGGAAAAGUACUUGUGGUAUCCAACCGUUUGCCCGUCACUAUCAAGAGGCAGGGCGACGGAUCGUACGAUUACUCGAUGUCGUCGGGAGGCUUGGUCACCGCGUUGCAGGGCUUAAAGAAGUCCACCGAGUUCCAAUGGCUAGGCUGGCCUGGGUUGGAGAUCCCUGGCGACGAACAGCAACGGGUCAACAACGACUUGAUGGACAAGUUCAAGUGUACUGCCAUCUUCUUGAAUGACACCAUCGCAGACUUGCACUACAACGGGUUCUCCAACAGUAUCUUAUGGCCAUUAUUCCACUACCACCCAGGUGAGAUGAACUUCGAUGAAAACGCCUGGGCUGCCUACAUCAAGGCUAACCGCCAGUUUGCCGCCAAAAUCGCCGAGCAGGUCGACGACAACGAUAUGGUGUGGGUCCAUGACUACCACUUGAUGUUGUUGCCACAAAUGUUAAGAGAAGAAAUCGGAAAGUCCAAGAAAAACAUAAGGAUUGGGUUCUUUUUGCACACGCCAUUCCCUUCUUCUGAAAUCUACAGAAUCUUGCCCGUCAGAAAGGAGAUCUUGGAAGGGGUAUUGAGCUGUGACUUGAUCGGUUUCCACACCUACGACUACUGCAGACACUUCUUAUCAUCUGUGUCCCGAAUUGUGAGCAAUGUCACCACAUUGCCGAACGGUAUCGAAAUCGAUGGAAGAUCCAUCAGCAUUGGCGCGUUCCCUAUCGGUAUUGACGUGGAAAAGUUCACCGAGGGGUUGACUAAGGACUCAGUGAUCAGCAGAAUCAAGCAAUUGAAAUCUAAGUUCGGUGACACAAAGGUUAUAGUGGGUGUUGACAGGUUGGACUACAUCAAGGGUGUCCCUCAAAAAUUGCAUGCAUUCGAAGUAUUUCUCACAGAAAAUCCUGAAUGGAUCGGAAAGGUGGUGUUGGUGCAAGUUGCUGUACCCUCCAGAGGUGACGUUGAGGAAUACCAAAGUCUUAGAGCCACCGUCAAUGAAUUAGUUGGAAGGAUCAAUGGUAAAUUUGGUACUGUCGAAUUUGUUCCUAUCCACUACAUGCAUAAGUCAAUUCCCUUCGAGGAAUUGAUCAGUUUGUACCACAUGUCCGAUGUUUGUUUGGUUAGUUCUACCAGAGACGGUAUGAACUUGGUGUCUUACGAAUACAUUGCAUGUCAGCAAGAAAACAAGGGUGCAUUGAUUCUCUCUGAAUUUGCCGGUGCUGCUCAAUCCUUGAAUGGUGCUAUUAUUGUCAACCCAUGGAGUACAGAAGAAUUGAGCGACGCCAUUAAAGAAAGUUUGACCUUACCAAAGGAAAAGAAGGAUCUCAAUUUUAAGAAGUUAUUCGAAUACAUUUCCAAGUAUACUUCUGGAUUCUGGGGUGAAUCUUUCGUUAAGGAGCUUUACAAAUGUAAAGGUCCACAAUAA